UAAAGUAGCAGGGGAGGGCAGGCGGAGAAAAGGCGAGAGAGAAAGCGGCUGGCCUUUGUAGUCGGCUGAGGAAUGCGGAAACGUCCCUGCUCUGUGUCAAACUCCUCCGGAGGGGGUCGAGGCAACAUUCAGCCCAGCGUGGGAAAGCGACGGGCAGAGCGAGCUCACCGAGCAGCUCAGCGCACCGCACUCUCUCUCUCUCUCUCUCUCUCUCUGCUUAGAUGGGAAAAACGCGUCGUGGGGUGAAGACGGACGGACGGUAGCCUCGCCGAGCUGAGGGUAUAAGCAGCUCUGCUUGCACGCUCACUCAGGGCUUGGUUGGAGAAAGAAAAGAAAAGAAAAGAAAAGAAAAAGCAAGUGUCCGAGUUGAGCUCGGUGUGCCGGAGUGGCGCAGGCGCUGGAGCGGGGAGGAUGGGGGGUUAAAGCGCUGCAGCAGCAGACUACCUGUGUGGCCUCGCUAGGACACUCCGGGAUGUAGAAAGGGGGAGAGAAUAAUAAUAAUACAAACCCCCCGCUCCUGCUGCUUCUUUCUUGCAGUUUUCCUUUUAAUCAACGUGAGCGUGAUUUACAUUUCACUGAGAAACCAAGAAGGCAACGCACGUGCAGAAACGGUGCUGACUCCCGGUCAUCAUGGCUUCGUGAAAGAGCCUCACCGGGUCCAUUUUCGGGAUUCCCCGGGGUAGGGCUGUAUCCGAGCACAAAGACGCCCGUGCCAAGCAGACAGAGAGGGGGGAAAAGGAUGGACAAAGAAGGUCUAAGCCAGCAGUACGAGCCCGUGGCUGAGAUCGGAGAGGGCGCAUACGGGAAGGUGUAUAAGGCGCGCGACCUGAAGAACGGACGCUUCGUGGCGCUGAAGCGGGUGCGCGUGCAGACCGAAGAGGAGGGCAUGCCCCUGUCCACUAUCCGCGAGGUGGCAGUACUGAGGCAGCUCGAAUCUUUCGAGCACCCAAACGUGGUCAGGUUGUUUGAUGUCUGUACAGUUUCUAGAAAUGAUCGGGAGACCAAACUGACACUCGUCUUUGAGCAUGUGGACCAAGACUUGACCACAUACCUAGAAAAAGCACCUGAUCCAGGAGUGCCACCUGAAACCAUAAAGGAUAUGAUGUACCAGUUGCUGCAGGGGUUGGACUUCCUCCAUUCACACCGUGUGGUUCACCGAGACCUGAAGCCUCAGAACAUUCUGGUCACCAGUGGAGGACAGAUCAAACUGGCAGACUUUGGUCUGGCACGCAUAUACAGUUUUCAGAUGGCGCUUACUUCAGUGGUGGUCACUCUUUGGUAUCGAGCGCCAGAAGUGCUCCUGCAGUCGAGUUAUGCGACCCCGGUGGAUCUGUGGAGCGUGGGCUGCAUCUUUGCAGAGAUGUUCAGAAGAAGACCGCUUUUCUGUGGGAAUUCUGAUGUCGACCAAUUGGGCAAGAUUUUUGACGUGGUUGGAGUCCCUCCUCCUGAAGACUGGCCCCAGGAAGUGGGUUUGCCUCAGAGUGCCUUUUCCCCUCGCCCCCCUCAGCCUAUAGAAGACCUGGUGCCUGAUAUGGAUGAACUUGGGAAAUCACUUCUACUUAAAUUUCUGUCGUUCAACCCAGGCCAGAGGAUAUCAGCUUUUGAUGCCCUGUCUCACCCAUACUUUCAGAGCCUGGACAGCACCAGCAAGAGUCUCUAUGCCCAACCCUUCCCAAGCAAAAAGCCCUCCCUGGAGGAGAGAGCUGCUUAAAAGACUUUCCUUUUUUUAUAGACUUACUGGCACCAGCCCCUUUUUGAACUUGUCUUCCAUUGUCGCAUUACAUGCUGCUUUUAGGCCUCGUUGAAGUAUUACCGCUACUCUCGGUUGAUGCAUUUUCACUGCAGCAGGUAAUAUCAAUGUCACUGCCUGAGACAGUUUACAAAAAAAAAAAUUUCAAAAGCUGCUUUCCUGCCUGCCUGUCUUCCUUUGCAGGAAGUCCCUCUGCUCAGAGGAAACUCCACUGCCAGAUAUCUGAUACAGAGGCUGCUACACCAUGUUGCCAGGGAUUACUUCUUGACAAAUAUCAUAAAAAUAUAACAUAACUGCCAGGAUUUUGCUAAUUCUGCCUAAAUCACACUGCCCUAAAUCAGCAAGUUCACUGCCUGUGACUGACCCAAGCUCAUAUUUGGAUCCUAAAAAAAUAUCGUUGUCACUGCUAAUGUGGGUCUGUUGAACAGAACCACACUGUAUAACAUGGAAUUGCACACGCACACUCUUGCUCAAGCUCUGAAACUGCCCAGAGUUAUGGGUCAAAGCAUUUAGGCAAAUUAUCUGUGAGUAUAUGCCCCAAGGCUGGUCUUUGUGGACCUUGAUAACAUUGGAGACACAUUUCAGUUCAGUGCCUUACAGAGGAGGAGAAAACUUACAGCUAUGGUUUAAGCUGUCACCACUGUCGAGGCCUUGAUGACGCUUUAUUAACCCGGCAGAUACCCAACACUUCAGGCUGGCUUUCUGGACACAGACUAAAGUCUGGUUUAUGCUUCAUGAAAAUAUUUUGCAGAACUUCUGAAAACGGGAUAGUAAACAGGAAGUAGUGAUGGCAUAGAUGAAGACAUUGAAGUUCUUAGUGUGGGCUCAUUUGUGGAAGAUGAUAUUGAAUCGCACUGUCUCAGCAGUGAUGGGAGAUACUGUAUAAAGUAGAGUUAUUUGCAAUACAAACUACUUUACAAAAAUUCCUAAACAUUGAUUCCAUAGAAACAGCUUUUCCUGCAACCAACCAGCAAGACUGUUUUAUGUAAAAGUGAAUUACAGGACAACGAGAGCAAAGUGAUGUAUCAGGGAGCAUUUCUGCUUGACAGCUCCAGGGUCUAGACUUGAUGCUGAGCUUCACGUAUUCAUGUGGGUUUUCUACAGAUAAAAAAAGGUUUCAUUGGACCUUACAAAAACAUUCCAGUCAGUGGCAUGGAGUGGGUACUCUAAAGUGGUGUAAAUUCAAAUGCUUUUGGUGCAUUUCCACCUUGCACCCAGUGUUCCCAGUGAAUCCAUUACAACCCUAACCAGGAUAAAGUAGUUACUGAAAAUGAAUGAAUGAAUGAAUGAAUGAAUCAUUUCCAUAACUCAAUUGAUUUAAAACAUAUUUUCUAAAAGCAGCAUCAGAGAAAAUGAAAAUGAAUAAUUUUGGCUGUGAUUAAUAGUACUUGGCAAAAAGAGUUGAAUUCUUGACAAGUUCACUGACAUGCUCCUAACCUGCUACUGGGAAAUGUGGUUAACUCAUACAGUCCAACAUUGUGUCUCAGACCACCUUCAGACCAGACCAUCUUCAGAAAUGUUGUCCCAGAGUCAAAGCUGCCACCAGUUCCCACGGCUUUCCUACUGCUAGGCAAUGGACACACAACUGGGUGGCCCAUUUAGACAUUCGGUUUUGAAGAGUAACUAUUCCAAAUUGUGCCGUACCCCUUCCUCCUCUCUGAAUUGCUUUUCUGACCUCUGGAAGGAAGCAUAAACCAGUCUUGACCAGUGUAAAUUAGUGUCUGGAAACCUGGCCCUUCCACUUCCAAUACAAUAGCAACUCAUUCUAGUCUAUAUCUACAUAAAUCAUUUUUUCUACACUGUUCAGUUAUUUUUAAUAUCAGUGUUGAUUUUUGAUGACAUAUUGUGGUUAAGUCUUAAUUUUAGUUGACUUGAAGGUGUAGGGACUUGUAUGUUUGACUUGUAUAUUAUACCGUAUGUUGUUGUGUAAAUGGAGUAGUAACUCCUUAUGUAGUUAGAGGGAUGACUCUCACUGGGUAGCAUUUUACAGCUAAAAUGAUUUGUUAUAAGAGCAAGAAGAAGCAUGACUGGCAGUUGGUUUGAGAAAUAAUUGUAGUGCAGUAAAGCUUGUGCAAGUAGAAAAUGUCUAGCUUUAGAGACAAUGAAUGAGGCGUGAAAGUGAGGUUUGUUUUGAGAGAUUAAGUUUGCAGAAGUUGAGGAAGGUUAUGUAAUAACUAUGUAUUUGCAGAUAUUCAGGACUUGUACAUUCAGUUUGAACUUCCAUUUUCCAAUUUGAUCCUUCCAUUUUUCAAUUCGCUCAUGUCUGGAUCGAUGAUAGCCAAGUAGCUCGGAGAUGUAUCCAGCUUUUUAUCUGGCUCUUCGGAUGAGAUAGAAGGGAGGAGGGAAAAGAAGAAGGAAGAAUGCUGCUUUAGAAAUUUAGGAUGUGGCCCAGGAGCCUGGUCCACAAUGAGGCUAAACAGAAGAGAACAGCACCCAGAUACCACGUCGUAGGCCUUUAUCCACAGGUUCACCCAGAUAAGCACUGGUGCUUCCUUCAUACACUCAGGAUCUCAGUAGACUCAUUGGUUCGUACUUAUCAGAUAGCUCUGAUUUUACAGCUGAUCUGUGAUAGACUUUUUACCUUUCAUAGUAAAGAAUAGUAGCUUAUAAAUAUAACUUGCUCUACCACACACUCUCAGGUCUAUUUAUGGUUGUAUACAUAGAUUUAACAGGUUUCAAAGCAGUUUCAGUUUAAUCAUUGUUUCAGCAGUAGUGCAUAGUAAAUGAAAUCUUCAAACUAUUCACUGUAUUCAUUCAAAAAUAGCAUAGUACAAUAAAUGUUGCUUUCAGACUAUUUAUGGCUAUAUUUACACACUUGUUCAUUGGAUUACUGGUAUCAUCAGACAUUUUAACAUUUAACACUGUUACAGUCUGGACUUUUAUAUUUAUACAGGUUUUCAGUCAUUAAUGUCUUCUAGGCUAGAAAACUGGACUUGUGUUUUAAUCAUGAAGAUGUUUCGCCACUACUCUGUGUCACAACAUAAGAAACGUCGUCCAGUGUAGUGACGAUUUCCCAGAAUUGUAUGGUAAUUAAACAAAUUAAUCACUUCAAUGAACAGGUGAAGAUAUUCCUCAGGGCGGGACCCAGUUGUCUACCUGAAGGACAGGCAACACUUUUAAUCUGCAACACCACCGAGCACCUAUUUACAGUGCUGACAUGACAUACAGUACCAGUCAAAAGUGAGUAAGUGUGUCCAACAUUUGACUGGUGCCGUAUUACAUUACAGGCAUUUAGCAGACGCUCUUAUCCAGAGUGACAUACAACAUACCCAGAGCAACCUGGGGAGUAGGUGCCUUGUUCAAUGGCACUUUAGCCAUUCCUGCUGGUCUAGGGAGUCGAACCAGUAACCUUUUAGUCCCAAAGCUGCUUCUCUAACCAUUAGGCUAUGGCUUUCCACAAUGUACAGUGUAUUGUACAUACAGCAGUUUCACAUCAGUUCACAGUUUCAGAUCCAAGGGUUACCCCAGUCACAUGACAUCCGGGUGGAAGAUAGUGGGAAAUUUCCGACCAUUUAGCAAAGUUGAUGAAUUUUUCAUGAUUGAAACACAAGUCCAUUGAGGACUACAAGACAUUGUGGACAUGUAUAUGUGUGGCGGUUCGGGGUGGGGGGGGACUGUCAGAUAUCACAGUAGCUGAUUUCCAAAAAAGGAGAUAAAAUCAGGUUUUGAAAAAAAUUUCUGCCUCCAGGAUACUUUCACAAAUUAUACAUAUGUUUCACAAAAAGUGUUUUUCUGUUUUCAUUUUCUUUUGGGUAAGGACGCAGUUUAACAAAAAGCUCUGCCUAAAGAUAAACGUCUGGAAGAAACCUUGCUCAGUAUGUAUGAUUUCCUUCAACAGUGAAUGUCAUCUUGAAUAGCUACAUGAUGUAGUGACAUGCAUAUAAGGAUAAAAUCCAUUCAGUUUUUAAUCAGAUACUGACGGUCAAAAAUUCCACAAAGCUCCAACACUGCAGCGGAGUCAGAAUGUCAAGGGCUAGCCCAAGCCGCCACACAUAAGGAUGUAUAAUAAAACAUGGAGGCAGUUUUGUCUUUUUUUGGGUUGCUGUUGCUUCUGACACUUUACUGCUAACAUUCCUUCCAUUUUUUUUUCUCGUGUUGUUCAAAACUCUUCUUCUCUUUUGGGCAGUUCCUCAACUUGACUGUUUGUACAGACAGAGCAUGUUCUUUCCCUCUUCCAAAAAUGAGGAGCGAAUGAGGAUUGGUUUUUUUUGUUUGUUUGUUUUUGUUUUUAGUGGGCAUUAGAUGUCACAAAGUACGGAUAUUUACACAAGAAAGUGCUAUUUGAUUCCACCUUUCAUUCAGCGGUAAGCCUUUUCUGUCUCGCAUAAAGUAUAAAACUUUAAGAUAGUAACAAAUAAUUGAAUGUUGACAUGCCAUAUUGACACAAAUCGCACCUUGAAAAUCACCCAUUUCACCAUAUUUGUGAAACAUUUUAAAGGCUUUCUAAUGGAGUUUCCUCUAUAUUUCUUGUUUGCUACCAAUAUCAAUACGUGACGGUGACAUAAAAAUAAAUUUAACAAUUUUUUUUGUUUGUAUUCAUUUGCUUUAAUUGGAAAUUGAAAUAUAAUCAGUUGAAUUUUAUUUAAUCAGUUAUCAACGAUUUUUUUUAUUGUAUUUGCUGGAUAGUGGUACUUAUAAUGGUGCAUUUGUUUUUAUUUCUUAUCCUUGCCUUCACUUUAUUUUUAUUCAAUUUUUUAUUUAUUGGCAUUUUCAUAGAAAUACAUUGAAAAAAUAGUUGCGUGAGAAUGAAACCUGCCUAGUUAGCUUGUGGUGCAUUGAUGGUGCUAUGAUAUAAGAAUUUCUUAAACUUGAAAUGGAAUCAGUAUCAGUGUGGGGGAAAUUUGUGUUUCUAGACAGAAACAACAAACAUUCAAGAUUUCAACAUUUCUUUUCCGUUUUUACGUUCAGCAAACAUUUCCCAUAGAAAACAAAUUCAGUUAAAGCCCUCAUGGCAUAUAUUAGACUUGAAUUACUUUAUAAUAAAUGGUAAUACUGCUGAUUCCACAUAAGUUGCCUUAAAUGCUACACACAACCAAGGAACAGACUCACUGUGCAGAUCAAAUCUGUACUUCUACUGAAUUUCCCAAAUUACUGCGUAAUUUCUGAAAAUGGAAUAACUACCUUGUUUAAAGCUGUAUCCAGUACCAUCAUGAACUAUUAUUGCUCUUUUUUUUUUCUUUUUCAUUUUAGUGUCCACCACACAUAUGGACUUCAUUGUACUUUGUAUUUCACUGGAAAAUUACGAAUGAUUUCAAGUUAAUUUUUUGUUUUUUGGUAAGAUAUUUUAUGUUCCUUAGAUUUUCCAUGUCUUUAAUCUAAUAACAAAAAUAGGCUGGGUUUUUUUUUUUUUUUGCAUUUAUAUUAUUACUUUUUGGCUCUGUGUAAUCUUUACCUAAUUGAUCAUUCUGAUAUUUACUGAUUUGUUUUGUUGCUUAUUUUUCUGCUUAGCAGCAUUUUAACCAUACACCGUAACCAGAAGUAGAUUUUGUUCAGUGUUGUGUUUUUGUCAGUAGCUGUCAGGAUGUUUGUUCUGAAAGCUUGGUGUGUUGAUUUCUGAUCUAAACUGUUUGUUUCAGUAACUGUGGUCGGCACUUACCAGUUCCUGAAAUGGUACUCAUAACACAUGUGGUUUAUAAUGCAUGCAUAGAAGCAUCAACAUAUUACAGAUUUCUUUUUAUUUUUCCAGUUGAUUUUUUUUUUGUCCUGUUUUACUGUAUGGAAGUCGUUACUUGUAUUAUUCAUCUUCAACUUUCAUUUUUGAGAAACUGAAGCAUUUGGCAGCUUUUCAUCAGACCUAAUAUGACAAAUGAAUAUCAACAACAACAACAACAGCUACAGCUGACUUAUAUAAAUCAAUAUCGAAUGUCAACCAAUAUUAUAAACCAUAAAAAUGCUACUGUCAGUGGAUUUAGACAUAAUCAUUUGAGAUUUUGUUUACUUUUACCAUUGAAUCAGAAACACACACACAAAAAUACCUGAAUUCCGUUUCCUUUGCUGCUUCAGUUUAAAGCUUUGAAUGAGAAUAUAUCCAAGAUUUCCAUGAACCAAAUUAAAGUAAGAGCAUCAUUACUGGUCAUGGCACUGCACCAUUUUAUUUCACUUUUUUACCCAUUCCCCCCUUUAGUUUCUUGCAUAAAUUAUUUCUGAGUAAGAUUUUGUAUGUGUUUUAUUGUUUGUUUGUUUGUUUGUUUGUUUGUUUGUUUGCUGCUAAUUUUUCACAGAAACAUAAUGGAAAAAAAAAUACAUGAAUGAAAAAAGACCCACAUAAAUUUGAUGCCAUUGAUUAAUUAAAGCUGCUUGUGCUCAUGUGUUGCAUGUGUAACUGCCUGACAUUGUUUUUUUUUAAUCUUUUUUCCUUUAAAUAAAUAUUUUAAAAUGAC